AUGGAUGACGGCAAGAAAGUCUGGGUCCCACAUCCAACAGACGGAUUCAAAUUGGGAAAAAUUGUCGACAUCUCGAGUGACGGGGUCGUUGUGGAGGUCAUAUCGAGGCCCGGAGGGGGCCAAAAGAUCACGGCCCCCUUCGAUAGGGUCUUCCCCGCGGACGAGUAUGAAGACAAAGAUGUGGAUGAUAAUUGUUCUUUGAUGUACCUGAACGAAGGCACCUUACUGAACAAUAUUAAGAUUAGAUACAUGAAGGAUUCUAUAUACACGUAUGUGGCAAACAUCCUGAUCGCCGUCAACCCAUACAUGGACCUUUCAAGGCUCUAUGGCUCACAGACCAUCCAAUCAUAUUUGGGCAAGUCCCUGGGUACUAUGCCCCCGCACGUAUUCGCUAUUGCCGACAAAGCGUACAGAGAUAUGAAAGUCUUGAAAACCUGUCAGUCGAUAAUCGUCAGUGGUGAGUCAGGGGCCGGUAAAACCGAGUCGACCAAGUAUAUUCUCAAGUACCUAACCGAAUGCUGGGGUACCAAAGCCGGUCCAAUCGAACAAAGGAUUGUAGAAUCGAACCCACUUCUAGAAGCAUUCGGAAACGCCAAAACAAUGCGGAACAACAACUCCAGCAGAUUCGGCAAGUUUGUCGAAAUACACUUCGAUGCCAAGAACUUUGUUUGCGGCGGCUUCAUAAGCCACUACUUGCUGGAAAAAUCUAGGAUAUGCAUCCAGAACGACGAAGAACGUAACUACCACAUCUUCUACCGCAUGUGUGCUGGAGCCCCUGAAGCCCUUAGACAGCAGUUGAAGUUGGGGACGCCUGAUUCCUUUGCUUACCUAAAUAAAGGAUGCACCCAAUACUUUUGCUCCAAGCAAACUCUGCAGAACCUCGGACAGAACAGAAUGAGUAAAAUGUUUCAAUCGAAAGGUGGCCUCUCCGACAUCCAACUGGAUGACGUCAGAGAUUUCCAGUUGACCGAUCAGGCCAUGAGUCACAUGGGGCUCAGUGAGGAGGAGAAGUGCUCCAUUUAUGGAGUGGUGGCGGGGGUCUUGCACCUGGGGAAUGUCCAGUUCGAAGAAAAUUUGGAGUCCAAGGGGGGUUGUAAGGUGACUCAAUCCACCGAGCAGUCCCUGGCAAUCGCCUCCCAACUCUUGGGAUGUGAGCAGGACGAGUUGAAGAGGGCACUUGUUUGCCGGGCCAUGCAGACUGCCAAGGGUGGAAAAACCGGAACCAUCAUCCAGGUGCAACUAAAAUCCGGAGAAGCCCAAAAUGCUCGCGAUGCACUCGCCAAAAGUUUGUACUCGAAACUUUUCGACUACAUCGUACUCAGAGUGAAUCAGUCUCUCCCAUUCCAAUCGUCCAAAUCCUACAUUGGCAUCUUGGAUAUCGCAGGAUUUGAAUAUUUCCAGACAAAUAGCUUCGAGCAGUUCUGUAUAAACUAUUGCAAUGAAAAACUUCAGCAAUUUUUUAACAAUCGCAUUUUGAAAGAGGAACAAGCGUUAUACGAGAAGGAAGGAUUGAAAGUUAAAAAGAUCAACUACAUCGACAACCAGGAUUGCAUUGAUUUGAUUGAAACCAAAUCCAUUGGAAUAUUCGACAUUCUGGACGAAGAAAACAAACUCCCAAGACCUUCACACACCCACUUCACGAUGGAAGUUCAUAAUAAAAACAAGAACCACUACAGACUCAAUGUUCCGCGGAAAUCCGUCUUGAAGAUUCACAGGGAGGUCCGGGACGAAGAGGGAUUCCUUAUAAGGCAUUACGCCGGAGCCGUCUGUUACCACACUGCCCAAUUCAUAGAGAAGAACAACGAUGCUCUGCACGCCUCGCUGGCCGUUCUCGUGGUUGAGAGCAAGAACAAAUUGGUAAAGAAGUUGUUCGAGGGACAGGAAGCGGAAAAGGUUGGAAAGUUGACGUUCAUUAGCAUCGGAAGCAAGUUCAGGAGCCAGCUGCAGCAGCUUAUGGAGAAGCUUUGUAGUACGGGUACGAACUUCAUAAGAUGCAUCAAGCCAAAUGUUAAGAUGGUGGAUCACCUUUUUGAGGGCAAUCAGAUACUCACUCAACUGCAGUGCUCCGGAAUGACCACGGUCCUGGAGCUGAUGCAGCAGGGUUUUCCAUCACGAACGCAAUUCCAGGACCUAUACAACAUGUACAAGCAGUUCAUGCCGGCUGAGAUAUCCAGACUCCAUCCGAGAAUGUUUUGCAAGGCUCUCUUCAAAGCAUUGGGACUUAAUGAAAACGACUUUGCCUUUGGAAACACGAAGAUUUUCUUCCGCCCAGGAAAAUUCGCCGAAUUCGACCAAGUUAUGAAGUCCGAUCCAGAAAACUUGGCCCAGUUGAUUCGCAAGGUUAAGAAGUGGCUGAUCUGUGCGAGGUGGCGAAAGGCCCAGUGGUGUGCACUCAGUGUCAUCAAAUUGGACAGAAAGAUUAAGUACAGGCAGAGGUUACUUGGCCUCGUCCAAUCAACGAUAAGAGGAUGGAGAGCAAGGAAAGAUUUCAGACCGAGAAUCAAGGCUUUGACCAAGGUCAAGACCUUACUCCACCAGAUAUCCGACUUGAAACAGCUAGCAUCUCAACUGAAAAAGGACAAAGAUAGUACCCUAAAGAAAGUGGCUGGAGUUGAAAAAGAAAUUUUGGAUAGCAGGGCUGUGAUUCAGAACCUCUCGACAAAACUGACGCCAAAAGAUUUGGAAAGAAUGUGUGAGAACAACUUGCGGAGCGUGGAUUCGAACCUGGUCGAGUUGAGAAAAUUGGUUGAAAAGGAGAAGGUAGCAGCCGAGCAAGAGAGGUUGAAGAAAAUUCAGGAGGAAAUGGAGAGAGAGAAGAAACGAAAGGAAGAGGAAGAAAGAAUGAUGAGGGAGGCAGAUGAUGAAAAGAAAAAGAGGUUGCAAAUGGAGGCGAACAGAAGAAAAGAGGAAGAGGAUUUCAAGAAGUUCCAAGCGUCUGAGAUGAAAAACGCUGAAGCCAAUAAAAAACAGAAUGAGAAAGCUGAAUCUGAAAAUAUUUUGAGACAGCAGCAGUUGGAUCAGGAGCGGUUGGAUAGGGAGUUGGCACUGAGGAUAGUUUCAGAGGACUCCAACAUGCUGGAUGAUGGAUCGAUUGUGAGAUCAAGCCUUCUGCAGAGAUCUACUUCGAAGUCCAAAUAUGACUUUUCCAAGCACACAUACGCCCAACUCAGAGACGCCAUCAACACCUCGUGUGACAUGGAGUUGAUAAAUGCUUGCAAAGAAGAAUUUCACAGACGUCUGAAGGUUUAUCACGACUGGAAGACAAAGACCAGUAACAACAAGUCGUUCGGUGGGGGCGUGCCUAAAAGUUUGGCUCCUCCCAGUUCUUUGGCCGCUGUGGCUAGCAAACUUCCGCCGGCAGCCGACAAUCAGCAGCGCUUCUUCAAGAUCGCCUUCACAAAACCCUCCGAUGAAAAUCGCGACGGCAUUGAAGCUAGAGGCUGGUGGUGGGCACAUUUUGACGGGAAGUGGAUUGCCAGGCAAAUGGAGAUGCAUAUCGGGAUGAAGCCGCUGCUACUCAUAGCCGGCCUGGACGACAUGAAGAUGUGUGAGAUGGCUCUGGAGGAGACGGGGCUGACCCGGAAACGGGGUGCCGAAAUCCUGGAGAAAGAUUUUGAGGAGGAAUGGAAUAAACACGGCGGUGCGGCCUAUCUCAAAAACAACAUCAAACUCGUCUCGUCGAAGUUUCUCAAGAUGAAAUUGAGCGCCAAGUGAUCCGCUUACCGGUUAAAGCUACUUCCGGUUUGAGCUAUUUCCGGUUGAGGCUAUUUCCGGUUUAAGCUAUUUCCGGUUUAAGAUAUUUCUGGUUUUACAUGUGGUGGUUUUGGAUUUUGUAAUUGUGACAAAAGAAUUUGUUUCGAUGAUCCAUAUUUUGGAAGGUUUUGGGUUAUUAGAGGGGAGUUGUUUUUUUUUAGAAUUUUAAAAUAAAUAUUUCCUAAUUUUUUUAAAGAUUACGAAUUAUUGAAAGUGAAAGCUAACAAUUAUACAAUUAAUUCAUCUCAUUUUCAUCAUUGUAGAUCUAACUUUAACGUUUUUAUGUCUUCGGUGGUUUCUGUAUGGAAUUUUGAAUUUUUAAAACAGGCGAAUGUUCGCAUGUUUUUGCCGAAUUUUAUUAAAUAAAUAAAUUGAUGAUAUAAUGAAUAAA